AUGCCGUGCCUAUUGACAAAUCUGCCAUCAGAGAUCAUCGCCAUCAUCUUCUCUAAGCUCCCCAUUCCAACCCUUGCAAUAAGCAAGUGUGUAUGCAAACGGUCGCUGAACCUGCUGAAGGAUGAUUAUUUCAUCAAUUCCUAUUUUUCUAAAUUAUCCCCAGCCCUAGCUGUCAUGCUGCCAUUGAACCCCUCAUACCGCUGCAAAAUUUUCGAAUUGGAAGACGAUCUCGAUCGCCACAAUCCACUAACCUACAUCAAUUUCCUCUACAAAUCGCGAAUAGAGGCUUCCGCCAACGGUUUGCUCAUUCUCGGAAAUUGCGAGAAACUCCUCGACACCUUUUCCGUGUGCAAUCCUAUCACUCGCGAAUCAAUUCGGCUUCAACCGGUUCCACUAGGAAUUUCUUACGGAUUCGGGAAGAGCAGAAUCAGCGGGCAAUAUAAGCUUGUGACAGUUGGCUGA